CUGCUUCAAUGAGAAAUCAUGGAAAUAUUUCAACCACCGGUGGAACAAGUCAAGCAAGGUAAAGGACGCAGUAAGUGAUUUCCUCCCAAAGAAGGCGAGUGUUCCUAUCCUCUGGGCUCGAAAUGGACGCCAAGCCAGUUGAAGACGGAGGCCAAAAUAAGCACAUGGUUAUUAUUACUUCCUGAAGAUCGAGUGGAGGAACAUCCCAUUUGCUUGUGUCGAGUGUUUCGGAAAUAGCCUCAUCCAUCACAAGUGCAUCCAUCAACUUGGCAUAAUAACUCCAGACCUCACUCGCACGCCAAACCACGAGCAGAUGAUUAAGUGAUGAAGUGAUUCCGUCUUCUCCAUGUCCUCCAACCAACGAGGACGGAAUAAACAUGUUUUCUCACCAUGCCUCUCAAGGAGAUUGUUUGGUCCCUCAAAAUAGAUCCGACCUUGGUCAAGCGUUCCAAAGCUCUUCUUCCCACAUAGGAGCAUCACAGCCAUUCCGAUCAGGGCUCACAUUUUUCCAAGAAAACCUAACCAACCUUGAUACGAUUGAUGACAUAUCAAGUGAGUCUAAAUUGUGAAAAGACUCGAUCAGUGACCUUAAAAGAUGCGUAGGAACUUGCGCCCAAGUGAGUGAGUGAAAGUCUCGACAUGUGAGAGCUAAGACAUUCUAAUUCCUCGCGGUGAUCUCCGACAUCUUGUGCUUAAGAUGCCCGGGGGUCGACGGGGCUUGGUUGCCCCACAGAACACGUUUCUGGACAAUCUCAUUAAGAAGGCCAGUUCGGCUCCAGACACGAGUUUCGUUUUGGCCAAUGCUCAAAUCGUGGACUACCCCAUGGUAUAUUGUUCCGAGGAGUUCUCCAAGAUGUUGGGCUAUCCAAGGUCGGAAGUGAUGCAAAAACCAAUACGCUGUGAUUUUAUGGUGGGGGUACUCACCGACAAGGAGACGUUGAAUAAGAUAUCUGAAGCUCUAAGCAGAAUGGAAGGAGGUUCCUAUGAGGUUCUCUUCUAUAAGAAGAAUGGCCACGCCAUUUGGCUUCAACUGGAUAUCACGGAGAUUCGGAACGCUCAAAGGGUGGUGGUCCUUUUCCUAUGCGCAUUCAGGGACAUCACGGCCUUUAAAGAACCCCUGGAAGGAGGCAGUGUGAUGAUGAGCAAUCUGAGCAAAUUUGCCAAACUGGCGUGGACCAUAACUCGAUCUCGCAACAAUGGCUCUAAUCAGACCAACAAAGUCAUGAAUAAUUCUCGGAGUAGCGUCAAUCUCAUUACUCAAGUCAGCACCACCCAAGGUCAAGGUUUGCGAACCGAUCUGCCCAAACCGACGUUUCUCGAGUCACUUCCCGAGUACAAACAUGACCCACCCAAGACUCCGCAGCACAUUUUGCUGCAUUACUCCACGUUCAAAGUGGUGUGGGAUUGGGUCAUCCUAGGACUCACAUUUUAUACUGUUAUCAUGGUGCCGUUUAAUUUGGCGAUUAAUCGCACUUUCAAUAACGAAGACAUCAGCCUACUAGUGGUGGACUCCAUAGUCGAUCUCAUUUUUUUCAUCGAUAUCAUUUUCAACUUCCACACGUCGUUUGUGGGCACGGAUGGAUCAGUGAUCGUGGAUGAGACCAAGAUCCGUCAGAAUUAUCUCCGCUCAGGAUUCGCUAUCGACGUCAUGGCUUGUCUACCCUACGAUGCGUUGAGCAUGUUUGAUCUCUCCGAGGAUAAAAGCACCUAUGGGAACAUCUUCUCGAUCCUCAAGGUAAUGCGGUUAUUCCGCUUGGGACGAGUGGCUCGAGCAUUGCACAGAUUCUUGGAGAGCAGUUUCGCAUUACUAUUGCUCAUGUUGAGCUUUUACAUGAUCGUGGCACAUUGGUUCGCAUGCAUUUGGUAUGUGAUCGGAAAAGAGGACCUCAAAAGCGGAAUUCAAUAUGGGUGGCUUUCGUCCUUGGCCAAUCGAACCGAAGAUUACUUCAUCUUGGCCCGGGAUGAGCGGCAAAAUGGCAGUGUGGCAAUAAUUGGAGGUCCUCCGCUUAAAAGCAUUUACAUCACAUCGUUGUACUUUACCAUGACAUGCAUGACCUCCAUAGGAUUUGGAAACGUAGCCGCCGAGACGGAUUCCGAGAAAACCUUCAGUGUGUGUAUGAUGAUGAUCUCGUCCCUGCUUUACGCAGCCAUUUUUGGACAUGUGACCACGAUCAUCCACAACAUGACCCUGGCAACGGCCAAGUAUCAUGAAAUGUUGAACUCCGUCAAAGAGUUCAUGAUCUUGAACGAGGUUCCAAAGAACCUUUGUGAGCGUGUACUGGACUACGUCGUUUCCAAAUGGACGAACACAAAGGGUGUAGACCAAGAUCGAGUUCUCAGCGUAUGUCCCAAAGACAUGAGGGCCGACAUCUGUGUUCAUUUGAACCGUCGGGUGUUUAACGGCUGUCCAGCCUUCCGCUUGGCAAGCGACGGAUGUUUGAGGGCUUUAGCCGUCAACUUUGACACGAUGCAUUGUGCUCCCGGGGACUUCAUUUUUCGAAAGGGUGAGUCCAUUCGAGAGCUCUCAUUUGUGGUCUCUGGGUCCUUGGAGGUCAUCCAAGAUGGCGAGAUCCUGGCCUUCCUCAGCAAGGGCGAUGUGUUUGGCGAUGCCCAGUGGAAGGAGCACCAAUUGGCCAAGUCGGCGGUCCAUGUCCGAGCUUUGACGUAUUGUGACAUCCACAUGAUCAAUGUGGAGAAGCUGAAGGAUGUUCUGGAGUUCUAUAAAGCGUUUUCUCAAACGUUUGCCCGCAAUCUAACGCUUACGUACGAUUUAUCCAAGAGAACCGUGAUCUUCAAAGUUUCUGACCGCAAAAUGGAAAAAGUUCUCAAUGAUGUUCAACAGUACGAACCACCGUUCACGCCUGCUCAAGUCAUGCUCCUCAAAAAGGCUGUAAACAAAUUCAAAGGCCAGAUUAUGGACGGCUCUGUCUCGGCCGGUUCAGAGAGUGGCCGAAGAAGCACCUCACCUCGAGUUCUUCGCGAGCGCAUCAUUAACCGUCUCAAUGCCAAUGCUUCCAAAAAUGGGAGCGCCCAUCUCGGCUCCCUCGGGGAUGUCUCUCCUCCCAUUCGACCCAGUACCAGUAAGAUGAUGUUUGCCGACACCGACUCCAACCGAUCUUCCGUCAAAGAUCUCUUCAGUGACAAACCCAAGGGCAUGCAGGCCAAGAACGAGUUUGCGGAGGGUAGGGCGGGAGGUAGCCGAAAGUGGAAAUUCAUGCGUCAAAAAUCGCAACAAAUGAUGUCGGUGCUUUCCCCAACCAAUGAGAUCAAAGUUGAAUCCUCCGCCGCCAUGCUCAAUGAGUUCAGCGAUGCCUUAAACGAAUAUCGUGGCGAGAUUCGAACCAAUCUGGCUCAGCUGGAUGCCAAGAUCAACCGGUUAGAAGCGGUUAUGGUCAACUUGUCAGAGAGACUACCGCAGAUCCUUAGUAACAAUGGCUCCUCCUCAGGGGUGCCGCCAUCUACAUCACAACCAAUGUCCAGGAAGAGAGUAUAGUGAACAACCUCAUGGAGAUUAUUUUGGAUACCAAACAUAACGGCACCAAAGAAAAUACAAACCAACUACUCGUCAGAAGUUCAAUCACAUAUAGUAGAUUACGUGUACCAUACAACGAAAGCAUUUUGUAGUUCGAGAAAAUAACUUGUUCUUGUUCCAUCGAUCAAUUAGACAAAACCGAUGCGUCGAAACUCAGGUGCAUCAAACUUGUAUACCUCGAUGCUAACGACAGGAAGAGGCACAAUGUGCUCAUGGCAUUAUGAAACAGGUUGCUUCAGCACUGCCUUUUAUGCUUAUAUAUAGAUGGCUUUUUAGGAGUUCCAAUAUAAACACCUAUCUAGCUUCAUGGGUGUUUAACCGGGUUCAUUCACGGUUAGCGGCUGAGAAGUGACCUGCAAAUUUUUUUUGCCUUACCCCAUGUCUGAUUUUCUCUUCUUCUUUCAUGUGUAGUGUUUCUUACAGGAGAUACAUAUUACCGUAUUA